AAAUGUCGAGUUAUUCAUAAAAAUGUUAAUAAUUUGUUUUAUAUAAAAUUACUUUAUUUUUUUAAGUACAAAAGAUAAUUGGCAAAUGUUUCGACUUUGUUGCCUGUAACAAAGUUGUGCGUUUUAUUAUAUGUAUAAAAAAAUUGUUAUGUAUUAUGUUACGUAUGUAUGUAUAUACAUGCAUACGUAUGUAUGUAUGUAUGUAUGUACAUACAUACAUACGCAUACUUAUGUUAUCCGUCGAAAAUAUCCGUGGCUACGUGGUUCAACGUGUACAUGCAUGGAGGCGCCAGUGGAUAGAUUUUAUUUUAUACGCCAGGAGUAUUCUCUCUCAAGAAGAAUUCGAAUAUAGAAAAAGCCAGUUGUGUGGUCGCUGGUCGGAUGUCGUAGGAUGUCAACUACUUGGAUAUAUGUUAUGGAAGUAAGCAUUAAUUAAUUAGGAAAUCAUGAGAAAAGAACAUGGCUGAGCACAACAAUGAUCUUUAUGAGCAACAGCUUUUUGCUGUAUUUAAAAGUUGUUUGACGAAAGGAGAGGAUGAACUUGAUGAGAAUGAUCUGUUUUCUAUUUGCAAUAAAUUACACCUCAGCGAAUUGAUCGAGGAAUUGAAAUUAUGCAUUAGCAAACAUCAUCCAACUAAACAGACGAUAUCCUUUCAUGAAUUUCGAGAUGGUCUCUUACUCUUGUUGAAAAAAUUCCAUGGUUUAAUCAGCGAUAAGCAAUAUAUUGUACAGCCAUACCAUAAUUUAAAUAUAUCCAAUCUUGAUAUUGAGAAAAGUCAAGUCAGUUUACCAUUGGUCACGAGUGCUUCAUCGAGGGUUCAUCUUCAAGAUAUGAAAGCUGUCGUUACAAUGGAUGAGAAUAGACUGACACACUUAUGGGAGAAAAUUAAGAUUUACUUAACCAGAGGAAACACAGAUCCUGCGACAAUGCAAUUUAUCUCGAGUUGUUUAGAAAUUCCACAACUCCCGAAACAGAUUGCAGAAUCUAUCUUUGAGAGUCUUGAUCACAAUUGCGAUGGAUUGAUAAGCUUCGAUGAGUUUGUAAUUAUAUUUGAAAAAAGAAAAAAUGUUGAGAUUUUGCGAAAGGAUGCUGCAUCUCACGACAGUAUUGUAAAAUGUGAUGUAAAUACAUUAGAUUUUAAUACAUCUCGUGCAUCUCGUGAAAUUAAUCCGAUGCAGAAUGCUAAUGGAGAUUCGGAUAAAGAGGAAAGAGUCGCUGGUGUUUCUAAUGCAACCACACUAUCGUCCAGUGGAGAUCUUGAUACUUUGAAUACGAGUCUUGCAGAAAUAACAAAUAUCAUAUGCGACGAACUCAAGAGUUUGAAUGAAUCGUUAAAUAAUAGUACCAUUCAGACUCAUAUUAGUUUAUUACGAGAAAUGAUGAUUACCCAUCAGGAUGAGCAACGCAAUCUCAUUGCUAUAAUAGACAACAUGAAAGUGGAAAAAGAGAAGAUGCGAAUUGACAUGUUGGAGGCUAACGAACGGGCAAAUUUACUGGCACAGGAGAUUGAUGAAUAUCAUAUUCAACUGGAAAAGACGAAGAAAGAUUUGCAGAGACAGAGCGAACAACGUUAUGCUGAAAUUACGAAAGAAUUGUCGGAUCAAUUUAAUAUCGAACGGGAGAUGGAUGCUGCGGCUCUAAAAUCAAAGGACGAUCAAUUACAGACGGUACAAAAGGAAAAUCACGAUAUGAAGAAUAAAGUUGUAAAUAUUUUGCAAGAAAGUCAAAUGCUCGAAGCGGAAAAUAAAACUCUUGUUGGUCAGAUUGAAAAGUUGCGGCAAUCUAAUAACGAUUUGUUAACUCAACUAAAAGUAUUAGACGCUGAGCACGAUGAGAUAGAAAGUAUAGAAGCUAAGCAACAGGAGCAAGUUAAUUUCUUCGUCGAUCGUAUUAAACAAUUGCAGUCCGAAGUGACUCUUUUGCGAGAUCAAAAUGACGAACUUGGUGCAGAAUUGGAAACUUUCAAAUGUUACAGCAAAGAAAAUGUUACGAGAUACGACGACGAGAUACCGUCGUCUUUGGCGUACGAUUUACAACUUGAUAACAAUGAAGAUGAAAACUAUAUGAGUAUGAUCACACAGGAGUAUCAAGUAGAUCGACAGAUCAAUGAUAAAACGUCUUUUGGCUCUGGAAUCAUAUCGGUAGACGAAGGUCAGACCGAUCCAGACAUAUCCAGGUCUGAUACAAUGCAGAAAUACAAAAGAGAUACAAUUGAAGAUGUAAUUAUAAAAGAUCUGGAAAGAGUAUUAUCAACGAAUAUAAAAUGCUUGCCAGAGAGGUGUGCUUUGAGAGAUAGUGUAACGAAAUUAAUCACUGGCGUGCGAUCGAACUUUGCGCCACGUUGUUUCACGUUGCAGCAAGACUUUGGAGAAAGUAUAGCGUCUGAGCUUGAAAUGGAAUGUGAGGAACGAGCUAAUGAGUCCUUGCGAGAUUUAGUUGUUUCGAAAAUACUAAAUAAGCCACCUACCGCCACGAAACGUACGACUACAUCGUCAAAUAGCGCAGAAGAUACGGAUUUGGAUAAUUUCACUAGUCAAGAUGUAAAAAAUCUAACGCAAAAUAAAGCAACGAGUCUUAGAGAUUACCCACCGCGAAAAGAAGAACAUCAUAUAUAUACGGAUCAAUGCAAAACUAGAGAGAGCAGAGAGAGAAAUAGUUGUCCGAACGUUACAGAAGUCGAAAGUGUCGUUCCAAGAAUGACAAUGACAAUGACAACAAACGUAGAAUUAUUAGAGAUGGAGAAGAAGCAAUUGAACGAGCGUUGUCAAGAACUCGAACGAAGUUUAGACUUAUUAAAAGCAGAAUAUGAAGAAUGUGAAGAUUAUUGGGCUGCCAAAUUAGAAGAGGAAAGACAGCUCUUUGAACAAGAACAAAAAAUAAGUGACGACAAACUUGCCGAGCUUAUUAAUAAAAUAACAGAGUACGAGGAAUUAAUCAGUCCCUCAGAUAAAUUAAAAAGUAACGGACGGUUGUCUCCCAUAGAAGAAAAGUUUAACUUGGAACAACAGUAUAUAGAUCUCGAGGAAGAAUUUGAGAAAUGGAAGAUAAAAACUGAAAACAACAUUUCUCAGAAGAGUCUAGAAAUAAGAGAUUUGCGUGAAAAAUUAAGACUGGUAGAACAACCAAUUACAAAUGAUUCCUACGUACAAGUCCCAGACGAAAUUUCUUUAGCAACAUUCUCAGAUUCAUCACACUGUAAAUCUUCCAGUAUGUCUAGUAUUCUAUCAACGAACGAAAUAUUCGUAAAUAUGGAUUUAUGUGGCACAAAUAAUCAACCAUGUCAUACUUCGGUGGAAUUUCCAUUAUCUAACAAUCUCAACAGAUUGUUGAAACAAGGUGAUCACAUUGACGGUCAUAAUCUGUAUUAUACGCAUACUGAAUGCCCUGUGAAAGUAAUAAAAGGUAUAAGUAGAGAUCCAAAGUUAUAUCACAAUAGUUCACAUAUUACUGAUAAAACCACGUUGGCAAUGAAAGAGGACGAUAAGUGCGAAUCAGAAUUUAAAUUGAUACGUGAUGUACUGAAAGAAAGCAGCUGUACGUGCUCACAGAAUAAUGUUCAACAGCAAGUAGAUUGCGUCGAUUUAAACAUUUUUCAAAACUUAAAAAUGAAACUUUAUGCACAAGAACGCAAGAAACGGCAUUUGCAGCGUUAUAUUAAACAACAGCGGCAGUACAUUGAAAAAUUAUUGCAACGUAUUAUGGUGCAGCACCAGAUGGAAGUAUGCGAAUUACAGUGCCUUCUUCGUAAUACCCAAGAAAAUCUUCACAUACAGGUUCAAACAACUGUUGAUCAGGCUGAUAAAUUAGCGAGUGCUGAUAUAUUGGUGAAGGAUUUGUACAUAGAAAAUGCAUGUCUAACGUCACAUAUGAAACGUUUACAAGAACGAUAUUUCAUCUUAACGGGCCUUGAUAUCGGAUCGACUUCGAUAUGAUGUCUACAAAUAGUUAUUACUUAUUAUAAAAAAAUAAAAUCAAUGUCUCUUUGUA